UACUUGUGAAAGAUGGUGGAUCGCUUGGCAAACAGUGAGGCAAAUACUAGAAGAAUAAGUAUAGUGGAGAACUGCUUUGGAGCUGCUGGACAACCUCUGACUAUUCCUGGUCGUGUUCUGAUCGGAGAGGGAGUACUAACAAAGCUGUGUAGGAAGAAGCCCAAAGCGAGGCAGUUCUUCCUGUUCAAUGACAUUCUUGUUUACGGUAACAUUGUCAUCCAGAAGAAGAAAUACAAUAAACAGCACAUAAUCCCGCUGGAAAACGUCACUAUUGAUUCCAUCCAGGAUGAGGGAGACUUACGGAAUGGGUGGCUUAUCAAGACACCAACAAAGUCUUUUGCGGUUUAUGCUGCCACUGCUACAGAGAAGUCUGAGUGGAUGAACCACAUAAAUAAGUGUGUUUCUGAUUUGCUUUCCAAAAGCGGGAAGACUCCUAGCAACGAACAUGCAGCUGUCUGGGUACCAGACUCGGAAGCCACUGUGUGCAUGCGCUGUCAGAAAGCAAAAUUUACGCCCGUCAACCGUCGUCACCACUGUCGCAAGUGUGGCUUUGUUGUGUGCGGGCCUUGCUCUGAAAAGAGGUUUCUUCUUCCGAGCCAGUCUUCCAAGCCUGUGCGGAUUUGCGACUUCUGCUAUGAUCUUCUUUCUACGGGGGAGAUGACCGCUUGUCAGUCCACUAGAUCAGACUCCUACAGCCAGUCACCUAAAUCAUCUUUAAAUGAUGUAUCUGAUGAUGAUGACGACGAAGACAGUAGUGAUUAAGGACCAAACGUUUUUUCCAUGUGUUGCAAUUUGUGUUUCAAACCAUAUGGAGCUGCUUUUGGGGAAGUCUAUAGUGAGGUUCCUCAGAAAAAUCCUGUUCUAGCCAUAAAAUAUGCCUGAAUAUCUUCAAUUGCGAUGUGCCUCAAUCUAUGAAUUCUCUAGACAAUAGGUUUUUCACUCCUCUGCAGGGAUACUGUUGCAAAUGUUAUCAGAAUAUUGUCCAACUUCUUAUACUUGAGUUGUGUCUAGGUUAGACUUUUGUGGAAGAUUGGAGAAUAAAAUGUACUACUUAAUUUAACAACCCAUACUUCCCAAUGUUUCAUAUUGAUAUGUUCUUACGUGGGUUUUUUUGAAUACGGGGAGGAAAACCGUAAGCAUGCAUGAAACAGUGAUGUUUUGGUUAAUCCCUUAGACUGUCUUGUUUUUUUAACCACGGUAUAUAGUUCGUUGAAAUGUGACAUGACGUACAAACUUAAGUGUCACAAAACUUGGAAAUUGUCUUGUUUUGCUCUUAUUUAUGACUUCCUAUGCCAAGCAGUGCCUUGUACCAAUUGUGCUGAUUCAGGAAGAAACAAAACCUAUUCUAUGUCGUCUGUAUUUGCCUGAUGCUGGUAUCUGAGAGACUGUUGGUGCUAUUGAAAAUAACUGCUGUGUUCAAAGUGGAGCUUUGACAAGGUCAUAACUGUACCCCGCGGUGGGUGAUGGAGACCCAGAUCACAUGUCCUCACCUGUGCAGGCAGACCCGAAGGCUCUGCAGAUUCCCACAGGCUUCAGUGGGGUUCUCCUUGCAGGAGCUGCAUUGCGGGUCGGGAUCUUGAGAUGAGAAGCUUAGGGUGACUCUUCACGGGGAUUUAUACACUUUCGUUUCAGAACAGUUUCUAAGUUUCAAAUUUGGCAAAUGCAUACUGAAAUUUUAGUUGGGUGAUAUAUCAUUUGGAUGUGAUAGCCUAUAUAUUUUUUGAAAUAAUUCCC